CCCCUGGCUCCGUCCCUGCUUAUAAGUGUUCUAACUUCCUAUGCAUGUGAGGCAUGCAUAUGAAUUGUGGAUAGGUAUUUUUUCAGCAGAGAUGCUAUAGAGAUGAUGGUGCAGCUGCCGAAUGAGAUGGACUGAGUGGACUAGUUUGUGCGUGAGUAAAGAAGAAAUGAGUGAAGGGUUUGGACUCAUUUCAUGGGCCUAUUUUACAAAUGAUGGGCACAAAAACUGAGCACUGCGUACUUAGCUGAAGAAUAGGGCAGGCGACGUUCACAAUGUCGGCGGCAAAAGCGAGCGCGAAACGAGUUUCCGAGUCGGAGAAUUUGAAGGAUCGGCGAAAGAGAGUCGUUGUUGAAGAUGAUUUUGAUGCUGCCAUCUCUGAUGAAAUUAAAGGUGUUUUGAGCGCUCUUCAGCAGAUCAAGGAGAAGGCGCAGAAAGAUGGUCAGAAGAAGAACGAAGAGACAAUUUCUAGUGUUUCUUCAGAGAUCAAAUCUAGUUUGGAUGAGUUGAAAUCAAAACUUGAGAAAGAAAGGCAAAGCUUAGCUAAAGGUCUCUUGAAGAGCUCAAAAGAGUGUGAAAAUUUACUGAAGAGUGAGGCUGCCAAGUUCCAAGAAGUUUAUGAAAAACUCUGCAAGGAAAAAUCUUCAUAUCUGCAAGGUUUGAAAGAUGUAAUUUCCAAGUAUGAAGAGGACAAGGAAAAGUUAUCCCUGCGAUACGAACAAAUGAGGAAGAAAGAGAAGAAUAUGAUAUCCGAAGUGGAGAAAGCAAAUGCAGCAAGAAUAGCUCAACUGGAGGAAUCCCUCAAGAAGAAGAAACAGGAUGAUAAGACCUUCAACAUUCUGAGAAAGUCACUGGACUCGUUUCUUGGAAGUGCUUCAGAUGAGGACUUCCCUACUGAUGAGUGAUGACUGAGAUUUUUCUGAAGUUAAUUGGAAAUAUCACUUCUAUUGAUGCAUGCUGAAAAGCAAUAUGUAGUGACCUUUUUAUGUAUAGCAAUUGUGAAUCUUCUGAAAACUCUUCUCUCAUGAACGAGUACUUUCUCAGUUUAUUAUCUUCA